AUGAAGCCUGCUUCGAAGAGUUUCCUACUGGCACAAUGCGCCUCCUGGGCAGCUAUCGCCCAAGGCCAUGUUGUUCUGACUUAUCCAGAAUGGAGGGGCAACAAUCUCGGCCAAGACGACCAAUCGCCGUUUGGAAUGCAAUGGACGUACCCAUGCGGCGGGUUGUCCGUCACAACGAACCGAACGAGUUGGCCGCUAGACGGUGGUGCCAUUGCAUUCCAACCGGGUUGGUACACUGGCCACGAUACGGCGUUAAUUUACAUCAAUAUUGGACUCGGGGAACAACCUGCGAAUUAUUCCUGGCCCAUCACUAAACUCUUUCUCGACGGGCCAACCAAUAACCCGUAUCCGGGCACUGUUUGCCUGCCAAAGGUUACCCUGCCAAAAGAAGUGCGAAGCCAAAUCAAAAACGGGGACCUCGCAACGAUUCAAGUGAUUGAGGCGUCACAGCAUGGGGCUGGGCUAUUCAGCUGUGCCGACAUCAUCUUCACUAGAGACCCGAACCAGAUCCCCGACGUCAACGAAGACAACUGCUUCAAUUCGACUAGUAUCAAGAUAUCCGACGUGGCUAUCCUCGGCACGUCUGAGCUAGCCUCUGCCUGCGCGGGGCUCGACGACACGACCUCGAAAACUACGAACACCGCGACGACGGCGUCGCGCGGCAUUUGCGCCGGCCACAUCAACUUCAUGACAUAG